GCAUAAGAAAAAAGGAAUUGAUGCGUGUUUCCAUCCACUACUGAUAUGCUAAUAUUAUUAUGCUAGUUGGUUCAUCAAACGGUAGGUGGCGCUAAUUCUCCAGUCAGGUGCCAAUAAACCAUUGCAGAAGAAGAGGGAGCUACCAGAAGACGUAAUUAAAAGAGUCAAACCUCAAAUGGUGGAAAAAAUGUAGAAAACAUGACGUAAAUAUGGCAUUUAUGUUUGUUUAGUAUAUUAAUGGAUCUGAUGUUUUCGUCGCCCGCCAUUUUUCGUCUCUUCAGUGGAUGUUUAAGUCACGUGCUUCGUGUGCAAAAGCCAUGCAGCACUCCCCAUCAUCUUCAAAUGUUUACCAGUGUUAGCAGUACCUGCCACGCUCUUUUGGACAGAUUUCUGGAGGAGAACUUCUCAGAUCAGCUGUUCCAUCAUCAUCUGGGCUCAGAAAAUGACAGCCAAAUUACCUUCUGUGAUUUUGAGUCACGUUGCCUCUGGACUUUAUCUAAUCACAGCGACCAAAGUGACUGGUCGGUGGUGUCGCCACAGCAACCAGAAAGUGCACAGGCUAGGAUGAUGCCUGUGACCGACCACUCAGUGGGAAGCUCUGAUGGGCACUUCCUUCUUUUAAGCUCCUCCCCUGCCGCCGAGGCCUCUGGGAGAUGCGAAUACCACUUAACCAGCCCAGUCUUGCGAGGAAGCGACAGGUACUGCGUCUUCCAUGUGGCUCUGUAUGAGGCCGGUCCAGCAGUGGGGAACCUCACGCUCCUGAUCAAGCCAGUUCUCUCAGGUUCAGCUGUUCGCUCUGUUGUUCUCAACCACAGGAGACGUGAUGACCGCAGGGCUGAGUGGGAGGUUCUGGAGACUGUGUUUGGUCAGGUGGACGAGCCCUUUCAGGUGACCCUGCUCUACACUUCCUGUUUGGGGGAAGAUGGAGCCACUAUGGCUCUGGACUCUCUGGAGCUCAUAAACUGUGAAUCAGAACACCAGGUCAUCGAGCUGGAUGCGGUAUGUGCGGAAUCUUUCCACUGUAAAACCUCAGGAGGUUGCAUUGACCAGAGCCAAGUGUGCAACUUCCACACUGACUGUCCUUUAGGAGAGGAUGAGGGCUUCAUCUGUGGUGCUCUUCCGUUUGGCUCACACUGUUCGUUUGAACGGGAUGCAUGUGGUUGGUCCGUGUCCAACCAGCAUUCGGCCUGGAGAAGGGUUGCUGGAGACGAGCUUCUGGAGAAAGAAGACAUGCAGGGUGUCACUCUGCCGAGUACACCAGGGCACUUCCUGUUUCUGCAGGUAAGAGAGAGAAAUUCCCUUCGAGAGGCAUCCAUUCAGAGCUCCUCUUUCCCUCCCCCAGUCUCUACUACUGCCUGUCAGAUGCGUUUCUCGCUGUACCUGUAUGGGGACUUUAAUGGUUCAUUGCUGGUGGCCAUAGAGGAGAAUGGGACCACCACCGCAUCACUGGUCUGGGAGAGAAAUGGUCAGUGUACAGACGACUGGGAAGAUGUUGCCUUGCAGCUUACUGGCCUUCAUCAUGGGUUCCACAUUAAGGUGACAGCUGUGUGGGAAAAAGGCUCCAAUGCUGAUAUUGCUCUCGAUGACAUUGCAGUUGGAGCAGCCUGCUUCAACACAGAUCUCAACUCUCUCCUGCCCAUGAUGGACUUGGAGGAUUUCUUAAGCCCCCUUCCAGAGCCUUCGGCCUCAGAGGUUUCUUUGAUGACGUGGUGGUUUAACUCCUGCGGAGCGAGUGGUCCCCAUGGCCCGACCCAGGCCCAGUGUGACAGUACCUACAGGAACAAAAAUGUCAGUGUUACUGUGGGGAAGGAAGGCCCCUUGAAAGGAGUCCAAACGUGGAGGGUACCUGCUACUAACAGAUACCUGAUAUCUGCCUACGGGGCUGCAGGAGGGAAAGGAGCCAAAAACCACAACAAACGCAACCAUGGGGUCUUCAUAUCUGCCAUAUUUCCUCUGGAGAAAGGAGAUAUACUUUACAUCUUGGUGGGCCACCAGGGAGAGGACGCAUGCCCGGGGAGAAAUCCCCACACCCAGAAGAUCUGCCUGGGAGAGUCAUCAGUGAUUGAAGACAACCUUGGAGAAGAGGCCGGUGCAGAGUGGGCAGGGGGAGGAGGCGGAGGAGGGGGAGCCACCUACAUCUUUAAGAUGGAGAGAGGUGAGCUGGUUCCCUUGCUGAUUGCGGCUGGCGGUGGAGGAAAUGCCUACCUGGAGGACCCGGAGUCCAGUCUGGACCAGAUACCACUUGAGCAGUACGAAAACAGCACCACAGCUCCCAGUACCAACGGUCGAACUGGCCCUGCAGGUGGAGGUGGAGGCUGGAAAGAUAGUCCCAGUCCUCACCUGAUGGCGGGAAAGUCUCUGGUGGAGGGUGCUGAGGGGGGGUCCUCGUGUUCCCUGGCCCUCUCCAAGCUCAGCUGGUCCACCUUUGGGGGUUUUGGAGGUGGAGGUGGAGCCUGCACAGCAGGAGGCGGCGGAGGAGGUUACAGAGGAGGUGAUGCUGCGCUGACGGAUGAGAUCACAGCCGACGGUCAGAAUGGAGUCUCAUUCAUCCAUCCAAUGGGAGAGAUUUUCCUUCAGCCUCUGGCAGCCAUGGAGAGUCACGGCGAGUGUGAGAUCAAGGUCCAGUUGAACUGCAGCCACUGUCAAACACAGAGCUGCAAACGAGAUGAAGAUACUCACUUUAUCCUCUGUCUCUGCGACGAUGACGAAGUCCUGGCCAGUGACAACCUCACAUGUAUCGGCACUGUAGCAGCUCCUCAAGGCCCGGCUCUGCAGGGCCAGAUGUCGACAUCUUUGAUCCUGGCAGUUGUGGUCUCCACCAUCGCGAGUGGCAUCACGCUGAUCUGCGCCGGCGUCAUCCUCAUGUGGUACCGCAGGAAGAACGACUUGCACGCAGUGAGGGGGCGUCUGCAGAGUCCAGAGUACAAGCUGAGCAAGAUCCGCUCCUCCACCAUCAUGACGGACUACAACCCCAACUACUGCUUUGCAGGGAAGGCCGCCUCACUCAAUGAACUGAAGGAAGUGCCGCGCAAGAACAUAACACUUCUCAGAGCUCUCGGCCAUGGUGCAUUUGGUGAAGUCUAUGAAGGACAGGUUCUGGGGAUGAGCAGUGAUAACAAUCCCAUGCAGGUGGCCAUAAAGACUCUUCCAGAAAUCUGCUCCGAACAGGAUGAAAUGGAUUUCCUGAUGGAGGCGCUGAUUAUGAGCAAGUUCAGCCAUGAGAACAUUGUACGCUGCAUCGGCGUCAGUCUGAACAUCCUGCCACGUUUCAUCCUGCUGGAGCUGAUGACCGGAGGAGACAUGAAGAGCUUCCUGAGACAGAACAGGCCACGAUCUGGCCAGACCUCUUGUCUCACCAUGCGGGAGCUGCUGCAGAUGGCCAGAGACAUCGCCUUUGGCUGUCGCUACCUGGAGGAGAACCACUUUAUACACAGAGACAUUGCUGCUAGAAAUUGCCUGCUUACCUGCCCUGGACCAGACAGAGUGGCCAAAAUUGGAGACUUCGGCAUGGCACGAGACAUAUACAGAGCCAGCUAUUACAGGAAAGGCGGACGCGCCAUGCUGCCAGUCAAAUGGAUGCCACCGGAGGCCUUCAUGGAGGGAAUCUUCACUUGCAAGACUGAUACGUGGUCAUUUGGAGUGCUGCUGUGGGAGAUCUUCUCUCUGGGUUACAUGCCGUAUCCCUGUAAAACCAACCAAGAGGUGCUGGAGUUUGUCACCAGCGGAGGCAGGAUGGAUCCUCCCAAGAGCUGUCCGGGGCCUGUCUAUCGGAUCAUGACCCAGUGUUGGCAGCACUGUCCCGAGCACCGGCCCAACUUCUCUACUAUCCUGGAGAGAAUUAACUACUGUUCUCAGGACCCAGAUGUGAUCAACACACCCCUACCUGUGGAAUAUGGCCCCACUGCAGAGGACCACACCUCCACCAGCUUCACUCCACUCCUGGUGUCCCAUCAUGUUUCUCAGGAUUCCUCCUCCCAGCUGGGUCUCUCCUCUCUGGGCCUGGGUCCAACCCCUCUUCCCCCACAGCCUACCAAACCCCGUCUACUCCUUCAGAGAACCCAACCUGUCCACCACGAAGUGACGUCAUGCCGUGAGGCUCUGGAGCCGUCUUGGGCCGAGUCUGUUCCCGCCCCCGGUUUUUCAGCGGCAGGCGUGUGCGUAGGAGACCACUGGCUCCACCCUGAGCCUCCUCAUCACCGACCUUGCUCCAGAAACAGCUCCUCCUCAGGGAGUCAGAGGCUGAAGAACAAGACAAAGAACCUGUGGAACCCCACAUACGGCUCCUGGGUUUUGGAAAACUUCAGGGGGAAGAAAACACUUGCUCACACUCAGUCCAUGCCACUCUCAAGCUCCACUUCCAACACACAGGCUCCUCAGACCUGCAACCCAACCUUAGAGAGCAACGAGGCUGGGUGCGAUAGCACCAACAGCACCCACCUCAGCCCUUCCAGCCUCUGCACCUCCUCAACUCCACCGCCUUCCUGCCAGGCUCAAGCUGCCCCAAGCACAUUAUCCCAUAAGACGCCAACAGGUGGCACCACAAAAGCUGGUACGGACCUGGCUAAGCUCCAGAGUUUCCCCUGUGGCAACGUCAACUAUGCCUACGAUGAGCAAAGCCACGAGGCAGAGAGCCUGCCCUUGGUUAUGCCCAAAGCCCCAGAAGCCAUCACAAGCACCAGCUCUGCCCCCAGUGUCUCCUCAGGGACUAGCCAGGGACUGGCGUUAGGCCUCCAUACCUCCUCAUCUUGUAUGCCCAAGCUACUGCUGAAGCGCCACGCCAGCUAUGGACACGAGGACGUGAGGAGACACACCAAAGCUGAGAAACCAACACGCGACCGAGACUCAGGCUUUUCUCUGUCUGAAGACCUCAGCGUUACCCCUAUCUAAGAAACGGCUUAUUGUAACAGGGAUUUUGAUUGAUAUUCAAAUUAAAUGUCAACUGGAGCCCCUUUUCUCACAACCUGAGACUAGAGUUCUGGGUUUCUGGAACAAAAAGCAUGACCACAAGGGCCCCGCCACGGUCUGAGAGCCACAACAUCAAAUUAUUAGAGCUCCUGGAAUGCUGGAAAACACACUCAAAGACUCACAUGCACACAAACACUCCUCUGCACUGUGAUACAGAGAGCCAACGCUGGACUCAGAGAUCUUUCCUGGGCUUCUGGUACACAGGUAGCUGAACACUGAAGCUGAAACACCGCACGGCACGCAGCCCUGCGCUUUCUCAAUGUCCACAUUGCUGGUGACUGCUGCCAUAAAUAACUGCUGUAGAUAGCCUCCUUUUCUACUUAUUUGUUUUUGUUUUUUCAUGAAAGCUUUGCCAGUAGUAUACGUUGCAUUAUAGUAAACAAUUUGUUGGAAUGUGUAGCAUUCAGUGUACAGUACGACCAUAACAAGCCAAACAUAUUGAGCCAUUGGGAAGAGAAUCUUUCAUUUUAAAAUAUUUUUUUAUGUCAAAAGUUUAAAAUUCGGAAAACGCUGCAGAGUUACUAAAACUAUUUCGUUUUGAAUUUUAUACAUACUAGGAACUUCCGUGAUUCUGAUUUGCUUUCAUCCUAAAUAAUGUGAAUACACAUACAGUACGUCUAACAUACUGCAAUAACAUGUAUUUUCUACAUAGCUCUUGAGCUUGAAGUUCAUUCUUGACAUUGGAAACAGCGGUUUGGCAAAAAAACUCUUAACACAAAGUCGACUUACUCGGUAUUUCCGGCUUCCUCACCAGAUGGAGUUUGCUCAGUUGUCAUGGAGAUGGUUUGGUUGUUAAGUAUGGAAUUUCGGUCACGCUAUAACAAGUGGUCGUUUACAUGAGAUAAUAAAACCUGUUUUUGUUCAAGGAUGGUCUUAGGUGUGGAAUGUAAAUCUUUCUCCAGCCACUGACUCCAGGUAAGUGACUUUGAUCUUUUCCCAGUUUAUGCUACUGGUUUUGCUCUGGUCAGAGUCACCACUAGUUUCCUGGAAACCUCACAUUGAAGACAAGACUCCAGAAAGUCACUGCUCCGAGCCAAGACAGUCCUGCACAAACCCACCUUAUGCUUUGGUUUUAGUACAGAUUAAAACAAACAAGAUAUAAUGUGUUUAUUAGUGAGCUUUAGAGGGGCUAGCAGGCAGAUAUUUUUACCUUUGGACGGAGCCAGACUAACUGUUUCCCCCAUGUUUCCCAGUCUUUUUGCUAAGCUAAGCUAAUGGCUACUGGCUGUAGCUUCAAGUUUACUGUACAGACAUGAGAGUGGUAUUGAUUUUCUCAUCGAACAAAAGCAAACAAGCGUAUUUCCCAAAAUGUUGAACUAUUCCCUUCAGGUGUUAAAUGGUUUGUAUUAAGCACUGAGUCCUUAUGACUUAAAAUCACUGUCUGGAUGUUUUGUAAGUAUGUGGAGCUUGUGCUGAGAAUGUUUUGCCAAACUACAUAGAUCUUGAUUUGGCUUUGCAUAUUUUUGAUUAUUCCUGACUCUCUUACCCCAUGCCCCAAUAUUUACUUGGACUGCAGGAGGUCUCGUAACGUAUUGAAUUUGAUGAUGACCAUGUAGCUGUGAAAAUAUUUGCUAUAUUUGUACUCACUUCCGUACACUGGACUAACCCAUUGCAUUUGUAGCUAUUUUAUCUUUUAUUUGUAUUCAUUUAUGUUAAUGAUGGAUCUGUAUUUGUAGUUGAUCACUGCCAUUAGAUACCUCUACACUGCAUUUACUGACGUAGUGCUGGUAGUACCUAUGUUUACGCAGCAGGGGGAGGUAUUCAGCUUUGACAUACCAAACAUGCUGCUGCAGGUAUCUCAGUUCAUACAAUUAAUCAAAGAUUCAAUUGUGAAAAUCUCUAUUCAGUAUUUAUGUUUUCAGGUUAUUCUUAUUUAAUCGAUUUUGUAGUUGUAGCUGAUAUGUGUCUUUAUUUUGAGCCUAAACAUGUUGAUAGUUUAUUUUUUAAUAUGUUGAAUGAAUUACAUUUAUAUAAGGGUUCUAUAGGCUAACUGUAUGUUUUUAUGCUCAGGCCUGCUGAUAUUAGUGAGUGUUUAUCUUGGUUGCUCAACAGUCCAUUUGAAAAUAACAUCUUUUAGAAAAGGCUCACAUAGUUUUCUAGAGACUCCUUUUUAGCGAGAGAUUUGUGCCAUUUUGAAAUAUUGAUUACUGUGGAAUUUCUUUCACAGAGAAAAAACAUCAUCAUUAUGUCAAUCAUCGUGGCCUGGUACAUUUUAUUUCACACUCACUGAAAAGUUGUUUUUUCUGCAUUCUUUAUGUAGUUGAGGGUGUUGUGCCUCAACCAAAAAUGCAUUCUAUGCAAUAUACUGUAUUUCACACUUUCAUCUAACCUAACUGUGCCCCAAAUAAAUCAAGAUACAUUGCUCUUA